GGGAUGACACUUUUGGCCAUGAUGGAAUGUCUACAAGGUCACGUGACUGAGCCGUCUCAGACUGCCUAUCAAAACAUCCAGCACAGAUUUGCCAACAUUUCACCUGAAUGCCCCAAAGAACUCAUACACCUGGUGGAAAUCUGCAUAAGAAGGGCAUCGCAUGACAAAUUCACCUUUUCUGAUUUGUAUUUAGUCUUCCAAAGUCUUUAUCCUCUAAAGCUGUUCUCCGUAUGGGAUGUUAGCCUUCACAACGUUAUUGUGCCCAAACACCAGAAAUGGGUUGUGUUCAGGAGGCAGUUGUUUGAGGUGACGCCUAAGACGGCCGCUGUAGAACCCAGCUCUGAUACGGACACGGAGGCAAGUGAGAACCUGAUAGGUGAUCGGAACCAUCAAGGCGUUAUGGGUGAAGGCUCAACACACGUGAGCUACGUGUGCGACUGUGACAUGAACUCUGCAGAUCAGCCUUGUGGUGGAGACUUAACGUUAUGUGAUGAACACUGUCAGGGUCACUCUACAUCAAUCUCGUGUAAUGAAAAUAUUUGCCCCGAGGAUGUAUGCGACCAAGAUAAUCACAGCACUAUUGCUCAGAAUAGAGACUGUGGAGAAUUUAGCGAAGGUCAUGAUUCAGUAUCCCUUGUAUUUAAAGGAGAACACAACAAAAUGUGCAAGAUUGGGUUCCGCUGUGAUGAUUGUGUGAUACAUGAAAAUGAUAUUUGUCUGUGCGAAAAUAUUGCCACCUCCGGGGCGUGUAGCUCUGUGGACUCCGGGGAGGAUGCUAUCAGCGAGUCUUGGCAGGAAGUUACUGAAUCACAGUGUGACUCUAGUGACGAGGAUAAUGUUCGCAUGUUUGGUGUGGGUUUAUGUCCGUGUGAGGAUAACCGGUGUUCCGCCCAAGAUGGCACUACUUUCUGUGAGCUAUCAGGAUUGGAACCUAUCACCAACAAUAGUGAUAAUGACAAUGGCAUCUGUUUUUCUGACGAGGAAGAUUUGAUCCUUCAACCUAACGAUGUUGAUUACCGAUCUGGAAAUGAAUCCACAGAAAAACAAAAAUCUAUUGAUCAUUCUUCGAAAGGCAGCGGAAACUCUCUUUACUAUGACAACAUUGGUUUUUUUAGUGAUAACGAUACUGAUCUCCAAACAGAAGGAAUAGAAAAUGUUCCCACUGAGCAAACAGACUUCUUUAUGGACAAUGCUCGCGUUCAGAACGACGGAAAAAUUACCAAGACCUACCUCCCCAAUGAAGAAAUUCACUUUAUUGACGAUGAUAGUGAAAAUAAUGACAUAGUCGAUACGAAAGGCUUAUGUACCAAUCCAACGGAGAAUGGGAGUCAAAGCGAAGGUUAUGCUGACAAUUUUGUUACCAGAGAUGAGUUAUCUUCAUUCAGUGAGUAUGAUUGUGAGGGCUCUAGGAGUGACGGACAUCUAAACCCACACGAACAGAUAGGCUUCUUAAGUGAUGAUGACCAUUGUUAUCAGAACGGCGCAACUUGUAGAACGUUUAAUGAUGAACGCCUUAAUGUUAUUGGCUCUGAUUGCUCUUGUGUUCACAGAACUGGAGGCAUGAAUUGUAUGACCGAUGAAGACCCACGUUACCGCUGUGAUAAUGAAUUGUCGUUUCAUAACGGAAGCAGUAUAAGUGAUGAUGACUGCAUAACUACUGAUGAUAUUUCCGUUUUUAAUGAUCAAGGCUUCUGUGAUGAAGACAACAACGUUGCCAGUUCACAAGAAGCUGAAAAUGGAAACGAUGAUAUUCAAAGGGACGAGAUAGGAUUCCUCAGUGAUAAUGAUCUCUAUAUUCCGAAGGAGGAAUGUUCCUUCAGAGGAACGAUUAGCCCUCAUGAAGAGAUGAGUGCUUACCAAGACAAUAGAAGUAACAGUGAUAAACAUAACCAUUUUUUAGAAAUAUGUUCUCCUGGUGAUGAAGAAAAUGGUAAUGAAGAUGACAGGCGUGGUGAUCUUAGUAACUUCAGGUCAAUGUGUUUGGUCAAUACGUGUCAGUGUUUAUUGCUGGAUAAUGUGUUAGACGUACCACACAUGGCGGUAGAGACGGUUUCAUUCACUGACUUCUCUGCAUCUUUGGAAAGCAAUGUCGUUAAUAUCAAGGGUGUAAAGCUUACCGUUGGUCGUAGAAUUGGCUAUAUGUGUGAGCUGUCUGUAGCCCAGUACUGGUCAGACAUUCGACAAGAUCUAACAAUGCUUUUACAAGAUUUCGAAGCGAAGCAACAUGGCGUAUCCAAAGCCUCGAUCAAAAAGGAUUUCAAGGGUUGUUUAUUGCGGAAGCUAAGAGAUAUAGACUCGGAACAUUUUGAGCACCAAGAGUUCCCAGUCCAGAGAGAUGGCAAUGCCAGAGCAUUUCCGGUACCAAGUGAGAUUCAGUCUGAUUCAUCAAGACUUCGCAGCUGGCUCAAUAAUUGGGUUCCCUUUGACACUGAUUUACCAGAAUCCGGUUGUGCGUGGAAGGAGCUUGAGUAUUCCGGUGAGUUUUCGGAAACCAAUCAAGUGACAGAGUCUCCAUGGUAUGGAGAAUGGAAGCCGUUCGAUAUGAGCAUAGAGGGUGAAACCGCCUGGCCCAACCUGCCUGAAGACGUCAUCGCUAAUGACGUCCCCACGAAACAGCAGCUCAUCGUGAUCGAAUCCCGUCAGAAGCAUAAACACUGGCAGACGGAAGACCACAUGGCCAAACGACGGCUGAAUCUAGGUCGCUAUUUUAAAGAAAAGUACGGGUUUCAAUCAAAUAUUAUCGACGGGUACCUUGGUUUCGUUACUAGAUUAAAAGAAAGUGACGAAAUGUUGAAGUCAUUAGUAGAUAUGGAUUUAAGCUUUAUCAUGGUUUGAAUUUGAAGUUAAGAUCAUGGUCACAAGGACGGAUUGAUUUAAACGCAGUCCUUUAGGUAUGUCAACGCGCCAUUCCCUGGCAGCAAAACCGUUAGGCAAGUCUUUAAAAAAAUCACGUUUACCUGAUAAAAAAAUGUCAUGUUUGAACUUGGAUACAAAGUCCUGCACAAUUAAUUUGCUCAGUUAACAACUUUUCGAGUUAUUCUUGGAAAUGUGUCGAUACAUUUUAAACACUUUAUGUCAUAAUCCAUUUACAUCCUCUGUUUAUCUGGAAUAUUCCUGCGGUUAGCGUGUCUAGUUACCCAGUAUAUUGUCCUUGACCAUUUUCGUGCCUGUUCCAAAAAGUCGUUCCAGGAAAUCAAACUAUGAGUGCUCUCUGUAUGUACUACAGAUAUUUCGUAAAUUUGUACAUUAGUGUCAACCGAAGUUAGUUUAGGUCUUAAGUCUUCUCUGACAGUCCCAUGAACUGAUGUAAACCUGAGACUAUUAUAUACACUAGUCCCGGUGUAAACGUGCGUGUAAGAAAUCAAAAACAUAAUAUACAUGCAUAUAGAAUUAUAUCUUUUAUUACAAAAUACUCUCUGAUCUCAUGUAUGCUGCUAUUGCGGUAAAGCUAUAUAUAUUUAUAAUCAUGUGAAAUACUUUUGAUGUGCAAGUCUUUCUAUAAGGAUAACAUUAAAUUAUGAUUGUAUAUAGAAAGUAUUUAUUUAUGUCUAUAUCCUCGUCAUGCACUGCCUUUAUUAAAAAGUUUAAAUACAUCUGUUUUUAGUUUAUUUUAUAAAACUUAUUACAAUAGAUGUCCAUAAGUGUCAUGGAAAGGGAGGAUAUGGUGUGAAAAUGUAUGAAGGUUUCAUUAGUCCUGGUGACUCAAGAUUCUGUUGGUGACUAUUGUUGUCAAUGGUACAUUGGCAUCUGAAACAAUAUACAUAUAUUUUGUGAAAACAUUUACCUUAAAAGCUCAUUCUGGUUAAUUUGACA